AUGUCCUCUUACUGUGGAUUCGAUGAUCGUUCGUUUGAGGACUUCGACGAAUACACGUCGGAGGACAGUGGGUUCGAGAAGAGUUAUGAAUCGUGUCCUGGGGAGCUACCGUUCUCCGGCUACACCAAUGUCGGUCCUCGGAAGUUGGUAUUUGAACAUCUGACGCCGGGAGUACAACAGAUUCCGGGUGUGCAUCCUACCGGAGUGAUACCAGCGUUGGAACAAGCUCCACCGAUGCCAGCAGAAGGUCAGCCAAAGAAACGAGGACGCCAGUCGCUUAAGGAUAAGGCGGCGACGGUGGCGCCUACACCUGGCAACGACUCGGUAGCAUCAUUCUGUCCAAGUCUCGGUGUGAAGACGUCCACCCCGGUCAAACCCACGCCGCAAGAGAACAAGGACGGUGUCGAGCCGAAACCGAAGCGUAAGUACGCCAUGGGCAAGAGCCGGAUCACGCGCAACCGAAGUCCUAUGCAGGUGAUGCGCAUCAAGCGCGUGCGCCGUCUGAAGGCGAACGAUCGCGAACGGAAUCGGAUGCAUACGCUCAACGAGGCGCUAGAGAGGUUACGCCUGACACUGCCCACGUUCCCCGAGGAUACUAAGCUGACGAAGAUCGAGACGCUGCGGUUUGCGUACAACUACAUCUUCUCGCUGGUGCACCUCCUCGAGCUGGACGGUUCGAUCGAGCUCGACCUAGAGAAGCUCCAGAGUCUUACGCUGAGCGGCGAGCGCAUCAACAAGGACCUGUUCGAUGCGAUGUUCAUCAAUCCGUCGACGGCGCACCACCAUUGGGGCUUGGGAGGACCGCAGCCGUUUACGGCGGGCGAUUUCUACAGCAGCAUGCAGCAGUACGGCUCGACGAUGGGCGGUCCCGUGGCUGCUGAAGGCAACUCCUUCGUGCCGACGGCAACAGCUCAACCGGUUGGACAGUUUUCCAAGCAAAAUUAUCACCUGUUCCGUGGUGCCUUCGAUGUGGCCUACGGUGGACGGUCUCCCGCAGCACAACAAACAUAUCCCCCAGCAUAUCCUGCACAGGCAGCACCUCAACAACGACCUCACCCACACCCAGCUGGACACACUCCAGUGACACAUGCGUGCCAUCUCCCGCAACAACCUCUACACAGCAACGUUCGACCGAUGCCUUCCACCGUAGCUCCAACGGUGCCGCAUUCGUACAACCGUGAUGGCUACUACCCUCAGAUGCCGACAACAACCUGUGGACUUCCGAACGAGACGGCCAACUACGGACAUCCAGGAAUGGGCGCUUCCGACCUACCCGCCCAGCGACAUUCUCCCUCGGGAAGCGCACAGGCGAUGCACUUCAACAGCAGCUUCUACAACCAGACUCCACCGUGGCGCGACAGCAAUGGCGGCGAUGGCGCAUACUCCGCACUCGACUCGGGAAUAUUCGACGAGUUUGGCGGUGCGACUGUUGUCUAG